CUCAAAACCACUACAUAUGUACAUACGUAACUUCAAGCACGUCACAUCUCUCCUGUACUGCUCCACUUCAUCGUGAUGUCGAGUUUCACGCCAAAUCAUGCCCUCCUGAACCCGAAGUUUGAGGGUUACAAACUGGAGGUUAUAUCACAAGAAGAUGCUGUGACGCGCUUCGGUCUUGAGUACAGACCUACACAAGUCGCUAAUUCUGGCCGAUCUCCACUGUCUUUCAAGGAGGUCCAGAGCAGGAUCACACAUAACCACCUGGCCAUGGAAAAUAGUAGCGGCAGGUGUCUAUAUAUUGACUCGGAGCAUCGUGUUAUUCUUGUCGACCUCAUGAAUGACAGUCACACACCAUCAUUUACUGUGGUUUAUGAACUUGCCGCUCCAAUUAGCGCUCCUGCAGCUGCGCAGGUCCAUCACGAGUAUCCAUCAGCAGUGUUUCUUGAUGCAGGGACUGCAUUCGUCGCUGACGGCCAAGGGGCUCUUUACAUCCUCGCCCUCCGCGCAGAAGGAACUGCCGCUACCCUAGGCUCCUUUGAGCUUUCUGAUAGCACGCAAACUCUUCACCCGGCUCCGACUCCGAUUCCAUUUCGUAUCCACUGUGUUGCCAAGACAUCUGAUACCACAGCUGUAGCGCUUCUGUCUUCUCGCUUCUAUGGAGACUCUGAAGCGUCUCGAAAAUCGAUGACGAGUCAUGCCUCUGAAUUUGACGUCUGGGCUGCAAGGUUCUCGGUACCUCUUCCAAGCCAGAAUGACAAUCUCGUGCCCCUUGACAUUCUUUGGAGGAGGCGGGGACAGGAUGUACCCAUAUUCACAGGGUACGAUAACUCCAGAAAAUGCUAUCUUCUCGCUGGUAGCUCCGUAUAUCGUGAAGUUGGCCAGCCAGCCCCACCUUCGUACGAACCCUCGCCCGAUGAAAUGGCCCCUAUUCCGCGUCUCGAUGAAAAAUUAGACGUGGAGACUCCCCAAAGACCUCCACCAUAUUCCUGGACACAGACAUCCGACACCGUGACGGUGGCCUUCCCUCUCCCUGCCACAACCCCAACAUCAAGCAUCAAAGUGACAUUUUCCCAAAAGACCUUGACAGUUCACGUCCGGGGCACAUUUCAUGUCGAAGGCGUCCCUCUUCCCCACUAUUCCGCCAAACAGCUCUGGGACGGUAUUCAAACCUCCACCAGUGUCUGGACUUGGGAUCGCGAGGGAGAGCACUCAUUUGGAUUGCUCACGUUGCAUCUGGACAAGCAGAGUGAAGAUACGCGAUGGAUGCAUGUAUUUGCAUCGGCAGGUACACCAGGCGGAGAGGAAGAAGUUCCAGAAACCCUCGACCCCUCGGAGCUCUACCUCAUCCGAGAGUCAUUGGAAAAGUACACAGAAGCGCUCCAAAGUGGGGAGGAUAUGAGCGGCCUUGGACUGGGCCGAGGGGUACCAGCACUUGCUCAGGGAGAGGUCGAUGAGGAAGUCGACUUUUCAGUAGGAAGAGUGGCGUUCUUGACGUGGGUGGGUGAGGAUGGAGGGAUCCCUGUGUGGUCAUCUGACUUUGGUGAUUCUGCAUGCAACGUUCUGUCGAUCGAUCUUCCUGGUUCCGGUCCGGGCGCAUCUAUGGUUGUGAAGAAUGGUAUUGAUGGCACCCUGUUCACCCUGGAUGAGGCACAGACAGUGGGUUCUCUGCCCACUUGGACCCACGGCGCAACGUUCUCGGCUCUCGCCUUCGUACUCGCCUCCAAGCGGGAUACACGCUUCACAUAUCAUGUUUCAUCAAAAGCGGUCUUGGCAUUCGAGAACGGCAGUAAGGAUCGAGGAGGGAACGUAUACAUCUACCGUGGUGGGCGUUCCGGUCAAAUUUGGGCCAAACAAAGCGUAUUGAAAGUUGGCGAUGGAAGUGCCGGAUCUCUGUUAGGUGUCGGUACGUUCAAAAUGGCGCAGGGGCAAACGAUCGUCUGUCUAUGCGAGAACGAGCUGGUGGUGAUGCACAACAUAUUUUGA